AUGACGGAUGACUGGAGCAACGGUAUGCACUUAGCUGGCUCUGACUAUACUCGUGGAGUCCAUUUCUGGCAACUGAACAAUACAAUCUCAAAGCCUAUCUUAAAGCAACCCUUGGUUCACCACCAACUCAAUCAAGAUGACUCCCUGCUCCUGCAACUCCUGCGCCUGCUCCAGCGACUGCAACGGCUGCUCCUGCUCCUCUUGCGGUCACUAAAUGGCACAAUAAGCCCACCGGCUCUCAUCUUCGAGACGACAGACAAUUAUCAUGCAGCUCCUGCAGGAUGUCCUGACACGAUGCCACAAGUACGCUAUCGUUGA